CUGUGUUUUUUUUUUUUUUUUAAAGGUAAACACAUACACGUUUUCAAAAUCUUUUUCAAAAUAUGUUACUAUGGUAUAUGUGGUUUCACUGUACUGUCAGCGAUGGAAGGGUCUUGUUUCAGUAUGUUUCACCAAAACUGAUAGCCAGCAAGCCCAAAGUUCAACUGGGAUGGUGUUUAGAAAUGGCAGAAAGCAAAAAUGCUGCUGAAAAGAGCUCAAGUGGAUCAGUGACUAUGAAGUCCUUGAUACGAGCCUUCUCAUUCAAAACAAGAAUAGAAAAUGAAGAUGGAGCAGCAGAUGGCACUACCUCUAAUACCAAGCCUCCUUCUCCUGACACACAAAAGUCACCUACAACCGAAGAUGGCUUUAGAUUGACAAAUUGGAGAAGAAGUUUCAGGCGACAAUCUCUCCGGGAAAUAUUUAAAUCUGUCUCAGUACAUGGUGCCACAUCCAGCUCUGUAAUGGAGAAAGAGACCACUAAUAACUGUGACUUCACCCAUAAUAUUCUGCCACCACCGUUGUCAGUAAUGGAGAUUAGCAAUCUCAUUCAAAUGGCUGCCCUGAAAGAGGCCUAUCUGAAUAUACUCUCUCUGCAGAAGGAGGUUCAAUGUGAGCAGGAAGCUCUGGGUGAAGGUGCUUCCCCAAUGAAACUGGCCCUUAAAGAGAAAGACCUGAAUCUGCUUUACAACAACCUGAGGGAAAAAUUGACUGAAAUUGUCCAUCAAUCCUGUGCCCACCCUUCUUGUAACAAAGAGCUACUAGUACAGGUGGCUGGUAUCAUUCAGGAUAAGGAAAAGAGAGAAGGAGAUGUGGAGGGGUUGGGGGGAUGGAGAGAAGUUUGGAGGAUUGCAAUACAGCAAGGGGUGAAAGAGACUCUUGGGAAGAUUCAUCUGAAUAGCCAUGAGCAAAAUGUUUCUUGUAUAGGAGUACACUUGGAGCUUUUGGGUAAAAAGAUUGUGGAGCUGCUGGAGAUGGUAAAAGCAGAGAUUUUGAAUUUGUAUCCACCGAGUUUCGAAGUGUUCGAAACCUAUGCUUCAUCUUGUCAUGAAUUUGUAGGUGAACACCUAAAAGUACUUCUGGGAAAGAUCACAGAACUGAACGAUUAUAAUGCCAUACUGGAUUUUGUUAUCAACCGCUAUCAUAGUGAGAUGAUUCUGAGUAGUCCCUCUUUGCAGCCAGAGAUGAAAGAGCAGAAGUUUCUCACACUAUCUGGUGACUUGCUAGGCCAGAUUAAGAAAGCAUACUGUGACUGUCUACAGGAGACUCUACAUGCCUCACUGGGCAAUGUCAUUAUUGCUGAACAGGAUGAAGUAUGGAAGAAGAAAGUAACACCCAAAAGAACAAAAGAUGGACUAUUCCUCACCUCUGACAUUUAUACAGAAGUCUGUGAAAUGGUCAACAAAUAUUCUGAGAAUUGUACAAAGAUUGAUGAGAAUCUGGAAAUGAUGGCUGUAUGCAAAUGUAUGGAGGCUCUGAAACACUUUCCCAAAAGAUUUGAAGAGGGGUUUUUAAAGCGGAGCCACUCCUUGUUGGGGUCAGACUUACUGGACUGCUGCCUGUGGGCUGAAUAUCAUGUUGCCUAUAUCAACAGCUUUAGCUCUCUCAAAGAGCACAUGGAGGGCUAUAGAAAAAAGUGCCCAGGGCAGGUGGAAGAACUUGUGACAGAGGUGGAUGGACUCAUUGACCGUCUGAGACAAGCUCUGCUGGAGCAAUUUAGAGUUGAAAUUGAGCCUUACCUGGGUGGCCUAAUGACCAAGAAUUGGCUCAACACAGAUGCUGAUUUCAAUGAACUGUUUAACAGAAUAGAGACUUACUCUGGAUACAGCAAAUCCAUGAGACAUCCAGCUGCACAACCUUUUGUCAAUGAUGUGCAUUACCAUGUAGUGAAAGUGUACAUAUCCGAAUUACUCAAGAAUAAGUACUCCUGCAAAGGCAAGAAGAAUGAGGAUGGCGCUGCUAAAAUAGAUGAGCAGUGGACUGAGCUUAAGAACCUGUUCUGUGAAAUGGGAUCAACCUUAGACUGGCUUCACCCACUAGGAUAUCAAGUUAGUAAAAUCAUUGAACAGCAAAAUGAGAAAGAUAUAAAGAAUGUCUUAACACCAUUGGUUGACAAUUACCCAGACAUAAGUAAAAAGCAACUCUCAGCUAUUCUAUACUUCAGAGACAGUAGUUUAAAGUUUGAGAGGUCACCAGCCAUUCAGUGCUUCACGGAGCUUAAGCGGAAGAUAGAUAACGGGAAAGGAGAAAUUACUGGAAAUCACACCUUCUUCAGUGACAUCAAGUGAAACAGACAUCAGCCUGGUGCUCUUAUAGAAGUCCCUAAUCCUUGAUGACCUCAAUCACCUGUGUCAUGAAGGAAGUUCAGGUUGCAUGCAAGCACAGGUUUUAUUAAAACAAACAAACCAACAAACAAAUCUAAAAGAACAUUCAAAGAAUGUGGUCAAGAAACAGACACUGAAAAAAAUAAUAAUGCAGAUACAGGUCUCAUUUACUAGGAUAUCAAAUUAGUCAAUAUCACAAAUUUGCUUACAUUUAAAUAGGGACCUAGAAAUAGUGCAGAAUGUUGAAUUUAAAAUAUUCAAGAUAUUGAACAUUUACUAUCUUUGUUUUAGAUUUAAAAAAAAAUCCAGAUUGUCAUUGUGCUCUCAGACUUUUGGACCCCACUGUAUAUACUGUAUAUGCACACAAACAAUAUAUACAGUCGUGGGAAAAAAGAAGGCACAUCCUCCUUUAGUUCUACAUUUUUUAUUUUUAAGCCUAAAUAACAAUUGUGUGGUCCUCAUGAACUCCUACAAACAAACAUAAGCUCUUAUGGAGGUUAAGACAGAUGCAAGUAAAGAUAAGAGCUUUAUUAUAGGAAAGAGGCAGAGAAAACCAAAUUGUGACACAUAGGCGUGGUCAGAACAAGCAAAGGGUCAGGCGAACGGCAAACGGACAUGAAUCAAGCAAGGCAAAGCACAAACGAGAAACAAGAAACGAGAUCCAAAAAAAAAACAGACCCAAGAACAAUAUAACAUGACUUGGUACAGUGAACAUACACAAUACUUCACGACAAACAAUGGACACACGAGGGGUUUAAAUAAAAAACGUAAUUAAGGGUGAAUAGAAAACAGCUGAGACUAAUGAUGUCACAUAAGGGAACAACCAAUGACAAUACAGGGGCAGAGAUAGGACAUUAACCAUAACAAAACACACGUGUCAGAAGCAAACAAAGUCAAUGUCACUGACAAACCCAGAAGCGCGUGUUCACGCUUUGAGCUCGCGCUUCUGGUUUCAGAGCGCGCCGCAUGCUCCAGCGCUUUGCACGAGUGGAAAUCAUCACAUCAGGUGACAACAAAAAAAAUACAACAGAUUUCAAUAUGUAGUCAUUUCCCCCCAAAACAGUAAACCAACAUUCAGGAAAAAUAAGUACACCCUUCCAUCUUCCACAAUCAUUAAGCACGUAAUUAGCAGCUAGACAUUAUUAAUGAAAUGCACAAGAUUAAUUAAUAAUCAAGAACAUGUCACUGCCUUUAUAAAAUUGGACCACUCAAUUGUUAUUCAUCCCAUGUUAAAUGAAAACCUAGAAUUGAAGGAGGAUGUACGUUCUUUUCACCAUGACUGUAUAUAGUGUGUGUGAGAUGAUGGGAAAUUGAGUUUGUGGUGGAAACAUGGUCAAAGACAUGACAAAGUGAAUAUGUAGUAAAAUCUUACAUCUUAAUCAAUAACAAAUAUGUGAAAUAGGAUGAGAAUGCUAGCUGUAGCCUAUGUAAAUGAAAACAGUGAUAAACUUUUAAAAAAUCUGUUUGUAAAAUAGCCUAGUUGUUUACAACAUAUUAGUAGUUGGGGUGUGUUUAAAAGGUGUUUUAACAAAUGUAAUUAUCUGUUUGGGCUAAAGGUAUGUUUGAAUUUUGAUUCACAAUUUUCAUAUUUUCACAAAAUUCAUAUUUAAAAAGAAUACACAUUUUCAUUUUCAUAUUCCUGUUGUUUUAUAUAUUAAGAUCCUUUAUAAAACCUACCCUACCCUACAGCUACUGUGUUUUUUUUUAUACAUUCAUGAAACUUGGAUUCCUAUUUGAGACAUCUUUCUCUGUACAUUACUGGUAGUUUCCAGUAGAUGGAGAGCCACAGAAGGUGUUGCAUGUUAUAUAAUCAGAAUUGGGGGUAACAUGUUACUCCAAUCUAAUGACUUUUAGAUUAUGUAGUAAUGUAACACAUUACAUUUUAAAUGUAUAUAAUUUGAAAACAGUUACUGAUGUCAAUAAAAUUACGUUACUUGCAUUACAAAUUUACUGUUAAGAAAACAAUAUUAAGUAAAAUGUAUUUUUUAAAAUAAAUCAUGUUUUGCCCCGAAGAUUUUUUCUUUAGCCACGAAUAAUUCUCCACUUGGAGCGGUUUGACAACGUGUAAUUCUAUAUCUUCAGUGAAUGGAGGCGAGACCAAUCAGACAGGGUUUACAUGAAAAUAUGUGGAAAUACUUCUGUCUUAUUCGCUGACAGCUCUCAGUUCUGCCAAACGCUAGCUCACAGUCAGUGUGAGGAAAAAUGGAUAUAUGCCAAUCUCUUUUUAACCAGUAGAUGGGUUGAAACUGAAGCAGUAACAUCCUCUGAUGCUGAGCAGGAAAAUAAGGUGUGUAAAUAUCUAUAUGAGUUCCAGUUUACUUGAACAUGAUAUGAGCAGAGCAUAAGGAAAGAUAAUGUACUUUUCAUGGUGCUGUAGCAGCUGAACCCAUACAAUGAUAGCUUAGUUGUGCCUCGCCUUGAUUUGUGACACCAAACUAGCCUAGUUAGAAAAGACAGAAAAUUUUUCUGUUUGGUAGUCCUACAAACAGUGACAACACCCGAGGCAAGUGACACGAUAAAUCCAACUUUUUCUGAUCGUGUCAUACAUUGCACGCUAAAAUUACUUUCACUUUGUAGUGUAUUUUUGUAGGUUUGAUAGGUUUUGAAAGUAACAUGAAAGUAAUUAGUAAUCUGAUUACUUUUUACAUACAGUAAUCAGUAAUGUAAUCAGAUUACAAUGUUAAAGUAGUAAUUAGUCAUCUGCAGUGGAUUACGUUUUUUGAGUAACUUACCCAACAUUAAAUUAUAAUCCAGUAAUAUAUUCUUUGCCAGCUCAAAUAUAGUAUAAGCCAUUAAAUGUGUGUGUAUUAUUAAAAGGAGGUGAGAUUUGUGUAACCUUCUAGCUUACACUUUGAAAGUAAUAUGGUGCUGUUUGUUAUACAUUUAUGACAACUGACCAUGUAUCAGUAGACUGAAGCAGCUUUCUUUAUUGCUUUCAUGCUUUAAUUCCUUUCAUGCUUACGAAACAUUGUGAUGUCUAAAUGGGCUUAAUAAAUGUGCUUUUCUGUUUUGAAUUUAAAUAUAUGAAUUUGACUAGAUAGUGUACUGACAUUGCUGUACUGUUAUUGAAAUUGAUAAUUUUUCAAAGGUGCCAGACAAACAUCAAUAACAUGUGGGAUUUGGCAGAAGGCCUCAUACAAAGCGAUUGACAUCUAUCUCAUUUAUACAACUGAGCUGUUGAGGGUUAAGGGCCUUGCUUAGGAGUUAACAUUGCCCCCAUAGGUACAUGACAUUGACGUAUAAGACACAACACAACCUACGUACAGUGCCAGCUGGUAUAAUUGGGCUAGCAGGGUUAAAGGCAUGGCUCAACUUUCAAUAGACACACUGUAUCCUGUUUAUGAAUCUUUCAGUAAAGUUGUGUGUAAAUCUUUGUGUAAGCCAACCUGAACUAAAAAUUUCCACUGGAUUUAAAAAAGUUUCAGAAAGUUUCUGAUUUUCUUUGUAAUUACAAGGGCUUGUUUAUGAAUAUCUAUAUAUUACAAGGCAUGUGCACAUCUGAUUUGCAUUUGGUGACACCCACAAAACUCCAUAAUGGGUCCACAGGGCUGAAAUGAGUAAAUGGCAAAAAUGAUUUUCUCAGGGGUAUAAAUAAAGGUUUUGGUUCAUA